UUCAAUUCAUAGGGAUGGCUGGCUGACUGUUGAACACAACAAACUCAUUCACGUUAAGGGCCUCUCUCUGUCUCUGUCUCUCUCUCUCUCUGCAAAGAAAACCAUAUUGGUUUCAGGCCUUCCCUCUAAUGGAGAAUAAUCAACAACAACAACAACAGGCUCCAAUGAAAUCAAGAUUCAAGCGUAUCUGUGUUUUCUGCGGUAGCAGUCCUGGGAAGAACCCAAGCUACCAGCUUGCUGCUAUCCAACUUGGCAAACAACUGGUUGAAAGAAACAUUGACUUGGUUUAUGGAGGAGGAAGCAUUGGAUUGAUGGGUCAGGUCUCCCAAGCUGUCUAUGAUGGUGGUCGCCACGUGUUGGGAGUAAUUCCCAGGACUCUCAUGCCAAGAGAGAUCACAGGAGAGCCUGUGGGAGAAGUAAGAGCUGUAUCGGGCAUGCACCAACGCAAAGCAGAAAUGGCCCGCCAAGCUGAUGCAUUUAUUGCCUUACCAGGUGGUUAUGGAACCUUAGAAGAACUAUUGGAAGUCAUCACUUGGGCUCAGUUGGGAAUUCAUGAUAAACCAGUGGGGCUGUUGAACGUAGAUGGCUACUACAAUUCACUGCUAUCGUUCAUAGACAAGGCUGUGGAUGAAGGUUUCAUUGACCCUGCAGCCCGUCACAUUAUUGUCUCUGCCCAAACUGCCCAGGAACUCAUGUGCAAGCUAGAGGAAUAUAUUCCUAAGCAUUCUGGGCUAAGUUGGGAGAUGGAGCAACAACUGGAAUUCACUGCAAAGUCAGACAUUUCUCGUUGACAAGUUUCCCUUCAAUUAUAUUAUACAGGCCAUGAGUAUGUCGUGGAGGAUUUAUGACCCUUAGAUUACAGCAGAUUUCUUCUAAGAUACACACAAGCAAAGCAGUCUCCCCCCAACCCCAUAUGUAGAUGUGGAGCUCCAUUAGGAAAAGAAAAAAGAAAAAAGAAAAAAGGAAAAAGAAAAAAAAAGUGCCCACAACACAGUUGUUUUAAUUAGCUGUGGAUCAUCAUGCUUUGAAUUUCUUUUUUCUUCGGAAUUUUUGAUUUAAUUUGUCAAUUAGAAUCUGACCUGGAUCACAAUACCUGUGAUUUGAUUUCUAGUUCCUCAUGUCGGUGAUUUAUGAUAUUUUGUAUAUUUUAUUAAUUUAAUUUAUAUUAUAGUUUGAAGAGUUUA